GAGUUUAACAUUUCAUAUUCAAAUAAAUAUCAUCAUUUAACAAACCAUAAUGAAAAAUUUUUAACCUAUCUUCCACAUGAUGGUUUCAAUAAUCAAAGGAUUGCAUUAGAAAAUGCAAUAUUCUUGGCAUGGUUUUUAAAAAGAACUUUAAUAAUUCCACCUAUUUUAUAUUUCGUAGGAGGCGUACCAAUCAUAGCGCAACCAUAUGAUAAACUAUAUAAUACUUUAUCACAAUUUAUACAUCCCAAUAAUAAUUUCAAAGAGAACAAAUUUAUAUUUUGGUUUAAUGAAGACGAAAUGGAAAAAAAUCAAAAUAAUUGCAAAUUAGUAUCUUAUACAAUGUACAAUUGGGAAAACUUAAUAGAAUUUUCAUCUGUAGGAAAUUAUAUAAGGUAUAUUCAUCGGCAAGAUUUUAAUCUUAACAAUUUAGUAGAGUCACUUAACAUUGAUCCUAAUACUGAUGUGUAUAAUGUGUCCAAUGAUGAAUAUCCGUAUCAAGAACGAUAUUAUGAUUCCUCUAAAUCAAAAUCCAAGCUUGGUAAAUUCAAAAUAAGGAUAAAUUUAAAGGAAUUAAGAGAAUAUCCUCAAAAAUUAAUGCAUUUUGGGACUGUAUAUUCAAAGUAUAGAAUUGUUAAACAUAUACCAAAAAGCCAAAAAUUUUGGAAACGGUUAAAGAAUAAAAUGCUACCAAACAAUCCAAUAAUAAUUAAUAUCGUAAAUAGAAUUGUAGAUAAAAUUGGAGGAACGGAUAGUUUUAUUGGAGUGCAUACAAGAUUAGGAGAUGGAUAUUUUGCCAAGAAUAAAAACCAAACGAUACAAGGACUUAUCAAAAGAAUUCAAGAUUUUAAAAAAGUUAACAUCAAAAAGAACAAAGCUUGUUUACCAUCCGUAAUAUUUUUGGCAACAGAUGUAAAUUACAAUGACUCUUCCCUUCAACCUUUCUUUCAAACUUUUCCAUGUGUAUACACAUUAUAUGACUUUGCUGAUUUAUUAGAACCUUUGAAAUUUUUAAAAAAUCCAAGAGAUG